CUGAUGAAGACAAAUAUGACGACCGCAACGCUUUUGGUAGUCCUAUGCUGUUUCCAUGUUGCUUCAGGAGUGACCCACACUAUGCAACAUUUCUAUACUGCCACGUCUGGCAUCCCAAACUUUCCAGAGUUUAUAAUUGUUAGUGUUGUGGAUGGCCAACAGACUGUCUCCUAUGACAGCAUCACAAAGAGACUAGUCCCAAAAGCAAAGUGGAUGGCUGCUGCAGUAGACUCUGAUUACUGGAACCAGGAAACUGAAAAAGCUGUUGGAACUGAGGCAUCAUUUAAAAACAACGUAGUUGUUGCCAAAUCCCGCUUCAACCAGACUGAAGGUGUGCACACGUACCAGAACAUGUAUGGCUGUCAGUGGGAUGAUGAGAGUCAAGCUGUGGAUGGAUAUGAUCAGUAUGGUUAUGAUGGAGAAGACUUUAUCUCACUGGAUCUGAAGGACCUGAGAUACGUCGCGCCAAAUCAACAGGCUGUCAUCACAAAAAACAACUGGGACAAUGACAGGGCUAAGCUUGAGUAUUUAAAGCAGUACUACACCCAGACCUGCAUUGAGUGGCUGAAGAAGUAUCUGCAGUUUGGGAGCAGCACUCUGGGGAGGACAGUCUCCCCUGAGGUCACCCUCCUCCAAAAGGACUCAAGAGUGGUGUGCCACUCAACAGGUUUCUAUCCUGACGGAGUGAUGAUCACGUUGAAGAGGGAUGGAGUGGACAUGCAUGAGGACGUGGAUAUGGGGGAGACGCUGCCCAAUGAGGAUGGAACCUUCCAGAAGAGAGCUGAGCUUACAGUGUCACUUGAGGGGAGGAAGAAGGGAGAGUUCACCUGUGAGGUGGCCCACAAGAGCGGGAAGCCCAUUGUUAAGAUCUUGAUUGUGGAAGAGGGCAUUAACCUUGUUGGCAUCAUCAUUGGCUGUGUCAUCGCUGCUCUUGUCUUGAUUGGUGUGGUUGUUGCCAUUGUCAUGAUGAAGAAGAAAGGCUACAAGAAGGCAGGGCAGUCCGAUAGCGAUUCUGAUACCUCUGACCCCAAGGUACGGUUCAUACUUCAGUUUAGACCAGGGGUUCUCAAACUUUUGCAAGCCUGUGCUUCCCAAAUCGACAGUAAUGAUUUUGGAUGAUCUGUUGUGAGUGUAUGUGUUGGUGUUGUGCUUCUGUGAAUGAAUGAAUGUGAUAAGAAUGUGAUAUGAAUCAAUAUUAUAAUAAAGGCAAGAGGCUAUUGCUCAGUAGGCUAACUAUCAUAACUCAGUUUUCAUUGGCCAGGCUGAAGACAAAGGUGUCUGUGAUUUGUUGGUGCAACUGUAAUCCAGGUCUCUUGCAUUUUGUGAGUAAGAGGUCCGUGGCCCCACGCCCCACUUGCAAGGCCUCCCAGUUUGAGAACCACUGGUUUAGACCAUUUAGUCUUAUAUGUUCUGACUCAGUUUUCUAAAAACAAGCAGAUAUGAGUGUUUGUGUUCCCUCUGUGUCAUCAGUUGUGCACUGAGGGUCAUCAUUUUGUACUGAUUAAGUUUGUUAGUCUGAUAUCUAUUGUCAAUUGUCUCCAGGGAGGAGCUAAGCAGGUUGACUGCUGAGCAUGAAGAAGGAGGAACGACGAAGAAUCAUGCUUUCAACAGAUUGAUUUUUUCUCUGAAUAUGCAACAUCUUACAUCGUGUGAUUUAUCCAUAACAUUCAGAUUUCAGCUUUAUUUAGUUUAUUCCAGUGUUCAGCAAUAACUCAUCCUUUGCAAAUCUGCUGUAUAGAUUGUAGAACAUGUUUAGUGGCUGUUAAAAUCUGUUCCAAUGUACAAAAUCUGGAAAGAUUCUUCUACCACAAAUCAAAUAAUAAAUAUCACAUCUAGCAUCUUAGUGGAGCCACUGAUUGGAAUAUAAUGAUAAAUGGUAUUGUGCUUUCUUUAAUUUUAUUGUGUUGGUUUGCAGUUGUAACCUCUUUAGUUGGUGGUGGGAAGUGGGCAAUUAUUGAUACUUUAGGAAGGAAAAGUGAUCCACCAUGCAAAAAUAUAGUAUUGUUAGUACUAAAGUAUAUAGUAAGUAUUUUUUAUUUUCCUUUGAGCAGCUUAAUAUUAGUCAAUAAACAGAUCAUUACAAAUAAGACUAAAUUCAUAGAAAAGGUUAAUAAAUGAAAAAUUGUGUACAAAGUUGAAGUGGUGGACACUGUAAUUAAAUGUAAUGGACUGUUCGAAAAUAAAUAAAGUACCAAAUUGGAA